CAACUUGCUCAUUUUCAUUCCCUUUAAAUUCUCCACAAUCCCUUUUAUUAUUCUUUUCUUUAAGGUUUGAUUUCCAUGUCUCCAACAAUGGUAAUGACUACUCGUGAUUUUGAAAGCCAGGUGCCAGCCUCCCCCUACCAGAAAGGAGUACAACACUUGUACGAAAGGGGCGUGAGUAAAGUACCUGACAAGUACAUUUUGCCUCUUCAAGAUCGACCCAACAAUGUUAAUGUUGCACUCAAAAAUGAAGCAAGAAUCGCCAAGAGUACUAACAAUAAUCUAAAGCUGCCCAUCAUAGAUUUUGCCGAGUUGCAAAGCCCCAAUAGGAGGCCACAAGUCCUCGAGUCCUUAGCCAAUGCUUGUGAACAAUAUGGAUUCUUUCAGUUGGUAAACCACGGCAUUCCAAGUGAUGUGAUAGGCAACAUGAUAGACGUGAGCACAAGGUUUUUCGAGCUUCCAUUUGAGGAGAGAGCAAAAUACAUGUCCUCGGAUAUGAAAUCGCCUGUCAGAUAUGGAACAAGCUUCAACCAAAACAAGGACAAGGUCUUUUGUUGGAGGGACUUUCUCAAGCUAAUUUGCAAUCCCAGCUUGUCGGAUGUCCUUUCUCAUUGGCCUUCUUCUCCCGUGGACUUUAGGAAUUUGGCAGCUACCUACGCAAAAGAGACCAAAUACUUGUUCCUAAUGUUAAUGGAGGCCAUUGUGGAUAGCUUGUUAGGGAUUAAUGUAGGAACCACAAAGGAACACAAGAAGACAAAAGAUCAGGAAUUGGAAGAAGACAAAAACAAUAAUAAUAAUAAUAAUAAUAAUAAUAAUAAUAAUAAUUCCAAUAACAAUAUUAUGAAGAAAUUCCAAGAUGGAAGCCAGCUAAUGGUUGUCAAUUGCUAUCCACCUUGUCCCCAACCUGAUCUAACCCUAGGCAUGCCUCCUCACUCCGACUAUGGAUUCCUCACUCUUCUCCUCCAAGACCAAGUUGAAGGUCUUCAAAUUCAGUUCCAAGACAAGUGGGUCACCGUCGAACCGAUCCCGGGUUCUUUCGUCAUAAACGUCGGCGACCACCUUGAGAUAUUUAGCAAUGGGAGAUACAAGAGUGUGUUACAUAGGGUUCUAGUGAACUCAAUGAGAGCUAGGAUUUCAAUUGCUUCGUUGCAUAGUCUUUCCUUUGAUUGCAUGGUUUCGCCGUGGUCUAAACUCAUCGAUGAAACGAAUCCAAGGCGUUACAAGGACACAGAUUUUGCAAGCUUCUUGGAGUACAUAUCUUCCUGUGAGCCUAAGAGGAAAAACUUCCUAGAGACUAGGAAAUUGACUUGAGGCAGUAGUGUGGAAAAUAGAAAUAUUG